UCGGACAAAAUAUACAUAUUUCACUGGUCAGAAAGCGUGUUGAAGAGGAUCCUUUAGAUACUUUACAUAUCUAAGAGCGCCUUGGGUGGAGCCAGUAUGUUUCAUUUCAUUCAGAGGUGUUGCCAGCUGCCUUUCAAGCUCCAGAAAUUGUCCCUUCCCCUCAUGGAGGGAGCCGUCGGGAGGGUGCAGCCCUACCCCCGCCUCCGGCCUCUCCGAAAGAACCAUCUCCCUGUUUGGGGGAGAUCUUGGCCGGCCCCCCCGGCGCCGGCGUGCUGGACCGGGGCCCGGAGCUUCCACCUUUCUCCCUGCUGCUUUGAGAAGAAGAAACCUGCUGCCGCCACACCGAAGCCACCGCGCACCCUUGGAUACCUCCCCGCCACCCCAAAGCCCGCCCGCUGUUUGGCCGCGCUGGGGAUGAUCCCUUUCGCCGCCCCCCCGCUCAUCAUGGUGGCGACGAAGUCUUACCUGCCCAUACUGGCGUUUACUCAGAUGGCCUACGGAACCUGCCUCCUCGCCUUCCUGGGCGGCGUCCGCUGGGGUUACGCCCUGCCCGAAGGCAGCCCGGCCAAGCCCGACCUGAUGAACCUGGCCGUGAGCACCGUCCCCCUCUUCUUCGCCUGGUUCGCCUUCAUCCUCUCCGAGGGCCUCAGCGAAGCCAUCGUCCUGCUGAUCGUGGGGUUUGGGGUGACCUUGCACAACGAGCUCUUCCUCCUGAACGACUCUCCCAACUGGUUCAAAGCCCUGGAGAUAGUCCUCACCUUAGUCGUGGCGAUUUCACUUAUAGCCACGCUGCUCCUCCAAGACGUUUAUCCAGAGAAAGGUCCGAAGCGGCCCGGGAAAAUAUAACAAAUGUGAAACCACGGUCGUCUUUACUGUCCCUCACUGGUUCCUCUGGUGCCUCAGCUGCCAAUCCCUCGGGCGUGGCUUUCCUUUUCACCGGCCGCGUCGCCCUUCAAGGUGCUUUAGUUUUCCCUUCCGUCUCCUAGGUAUCGUACUUGGCCUUGGGAGGCAUGACGGGGCUUCGACUUGUGUUCGCUAUUCAUCCGAGAGCAGGCGGGAAAUCCACCCUCCCGUUCCCUUCGCCCCGCUAGGCCGUCGAAUCUCUCGUCCAGAAGCGUGAAUCCCAUUUGCAAAAGAUCUCCCGGUCCGAUAACCUCUGCUGAGAGGAGAGACCAGAAGCGGAAAGUGGCGGGUGGCCCCAUGUUGGCAAUCCUGUCGCGGAGCUGAGGAUGCCAGGACACUUUUCCUAUCCGGACAGAGCUGCCUCUCGGAAAAGAAGUGGCACCAGAAAUCCCUAGAAUUGGCACAGCCCUGUAAUGUUUAUGUAUCCCCAAUGUAUGGAUCUUUGGAGCUUUGGAAUGGCAACUACAGUUCCCGUAUAUGUUAAACUCCUUGUGGGCAGGGAGCACGUCUGCCAACUCUAUUGACUUUCCAUAAGAGCCCUGCGUACGGUAAGCGUUCGGUGCAUACCAUUGAUUUUUGUGUUUUUUUUUUAAAAUGAUAUCCGUUAAGCGCUUAGUAUUUGCCAGGCACUUUUCCAAG